AUUUUAAUUUCUCGCUUGAAUUUCAAUUAACAGUUUUGGAUUGAAUUGUGAUUAGACAAAUUAGUUAUCGUGUUUCUAAUACUAAUGCAUUUAGCAUUCGUAUUGUUUUUAACUAACCUUGUUAUUGCUUGUUGUAUCAUGGGUGGCUAUGAGAUCAAAAUAAGUAAUGCUCCGUACCAACUAAACUAUGGAGACGUGUGUGGAGGAGCUCUGAUCCACAAAAAAUGGGCGGUCACCUCUGCACAUUGUGGCAUAGACCACUACUACAUCAGAGUCCGAAGCAGUCACCGCCUCAAAGGUGCGAAGAUCAUCAUCAGCAAGCACUUGAUCCAUCCUAAGUACCAGCUUCGGCAUCAGUUUGACUAUGACAUACAACUGCUGGUACUCCUGCGACCCCUUCAUUAUACUAAGCUGGUGUCUCCUAUAAAGAUAAGCAGCCAUUUUGGGAAGUUUGUCACUGUUGCUGGCUGGGGGUUUAACACUGAGAAGGGUGAAUACAUCGAAGAGCUGCAGCAGGUUCAGAUCAAGAUGUUCCCUAUGAAGGAGUGCCAGGAGGUGGACAAUAAGUGGUACAACCACACCCUCACUCCAAGGAUGUUUUGUGCUGGUGGAUGGGGCUAUGAUGCUUGUCAAGGUGACAGUGGAGGUGCAGCAGUCUCUCAUGGGAAACUGAUAGGCCUCUCAUCAUUCGGCUUCGGCUGCGGCAGGAGCAUGCCUGGCGUCUACACGAACAUAUCUGAUAAAGGCAUUAGAGAAUGGAUACAUGAAUACACUGGUAUAUAG